AGAGAGAGAGAGAGAGAGAGAGAGAGAGAGAGAGAGAGAGAGAGAGAGAGAGAGUGGCGAUGGCGAUGGCGAGCGGCGUAAUCCACGGGACAUCAGACUCUUGUGCAGGUGGAUUGGAACCGACGCAGCUUGCAGGUGGUGGGGAUGGCGGCGGUGGCGGCGGCGGCAGUGGCAGUGGCAUCGCCUCUACUACACGUGACUGGGGCAAUCUGAUAGAUGGCGUCCUUGUUCAGAUCUUCUCUCUCCUUCCUGUCGAAGAUCGUGUGCGCGCCGGUUUGGUCUGCAAGAGCUGGCUCAAGCCGUCCUGCGAUCCUGGAUCUUGGACGGUGUUGAUUCUUGAUGAGGUACUGAACAUCGAGAAAGAGUACAAGUACACCCUGAGGAACACGGGUAUGGUCGGGGACAUGCUGAAGCGCAGCGCAGGGAAUACGCUCCGGCUCUCUGUCAGAUACUGCUUCUCGGAGUGCCUGCCCUUGAUCGGUGACACGUGUCCUCUACUCGAGGAACUGCGAUUUGCGCUCGGCGAUGAGCGGGGGGACUUGCUCUUCUUGAAAAAGCUCCCGCGGCUGCGCAAGCUUGACUUCUACAAAUCGACUGUGUUUUAUCGCAAGAAGCCGCCCUGCACACGUCUUAGCUUUAUCGAGUCCAUUGUGCAGAACUGUCCCAGGCUGGUCUCUUUGGGACUAGAUGGAACACAGUUCCAAGUGAACGAUGCCGUUGUGCGCGUCAUCGUGGAGAGGCUGCCGGCACUCGAGAGCCUUGGCAUGUCGCAGUCGGCGAUUACCGACGCUAGUCUCGUCCUGAUCGGUAAGAAACUCCAUAGCUUGACCUAUCUUCGCGUCGAUCGUUGCAAUAGAAUCACGCGUAGAGGUGUGAAGGCGCUCAUAGCUUCGCGAGGGGAUAUCGAGAUCUCGGCGCGAACUGUGGUGGCUGUAGGACGACGUAAUAAGGUUUAUAAUGACGGUUCACCUGCGUCGGAAGACGACCAAAUUGAAGAUGAUGAGGAAGAUGAAGAUGGCGGUUCACCUGCGUCGGAGGACGACACAAUCGAAGAUGAUGAGGAUGAUGAGGAUGAUGAGGAUGAUGAGGAUGAUGAUGAGGAUGAUGAAGAUGAUGAGGAUGAUGAAGAUGAUGAAGAUGAUGAAGAUGAGGACGACCGUGCUUAUGAAGAUAUGGCCACCUUCUAUCGCUUCUUGAAAUCCGUUAUAUAGGAUGAUGGGCGCAAAGUAGAGUAAGGGCACACUCACACUAGUAGGAAUUUUUCUGACUUGUGAGGACGUGAUUGCCGCCAGAUGCAUCCAAGUGCGGGUGCAAAGACGUUCAGAUUCCUGCAAGUGCGGGUGCAAAGACGUU